AGGCCGCGCCUGCGGCCAGGCGUCCAGGCGUCCAGAUAGCAGCCGGGACCAGCGGCCUGGACCUGCCAUGGCGCCCCAAGGGCAGCCCAGGAGGGUGGGGGUGGUGGGCUACGGCCGCCUUGGACAGUCCCUGGUCUCCCACCUGCUGACUCAGGGACCAGAUCUGGGCCUGGAGCUGGUGUUUGUGUGGAACCGCGACGUGGGCCGAAUGGCGGGGAGCGUGCCCCCCUCCCUGCAGCUGCAGACCCUCGCGGCCUUUGGGGAGAGGCACCCUGACCUGGUGGUGGAGGUGGCUCACCCCCAGAUCAUCCAUGACUUUGGGGCUCAGAUCCUGCAGCAAGCCGACCUCCUGGUGGGGUCCCCCUCGGCCCUGGCGGACCAGGGCACGGAGCAGCAGCUGCUGGAGGCCUCGAAGCAUGGAGGCCACUCGGUGUUUGUGGCUCGGGGCGCCCUGUGGGGCUGCGAGGACAUUGCCCGGCUGGAUGCGGCCGGGGGACUGCAGAGCCUCCGCGUCACGAUGGCCACGCACCCCGACGGCUUCCGGCUGGAGGGCUCCCUGGCGGCGGCGCGCAUCCUGGGGCCCCGCACGGUUCUCUACGAGGGGCCGGUGCGGGGGCUCUGCCCACUAGCCCCCCGGAACUCCAACACCAUGGCGGCCGCGGCCCUGGCCGCCCCGAGCCUGGGCUUCGACCGCGUGGUGGGGGUGCUGGUGGCCGACCGCAGCCUCGGGGACCUGCACGUGGUGGACGUGGAGCUGAGCGGCCCCCCGGGCCCCGCCGGCCGCAGUUUCGCCGUGAGCGCCCGCAGGGAGAACCCCGCGCAGCCCGGGGCGGUCACCGGCUCCGCCACCGUGUCGGCCUUUUGGCGCAGCCUGCUGGGCUGCUGCCAGCUGCCAUCGCGGCCCGGGAUCCAGCUCUGCUGAGAAACCCGCCCCGCCACCCUCCGCCGCAGCCCGGCCUGUUUCCCCAACCUCCCUCCCGACAGUAAACACAGCUUCUCCCCGGCG